AUGGCUCACUUGUCAGGACAUGACCUAGUGUUGUCUGACUUUGUAAGACAUACUAGUGCUGAUCCGGGGCUGGCAAGGGAUUUAUUAGAAGUUGUCAUUCCCCUCACUGACGCUGAGCGACAGCUGCUGCCGAUCCACUUUGCUGUUGAUCCUCAAUUAAAUUGGUUAUGGGGAAAAGAUGACGAGAAUGACGAAAGAGUGAAAUUGCUGGAAAAAACUGAGGAAGAGAAAGUCUAUUUGUUGAACCGCUAUCUUGAUGUGGUUCUUGUGCCGGUGAGCUUCUCAGACCAAACGACUGAGAACCAUAGAGACAAACCAGAUGACAAAUUUGAAGGUUCCAAAUCUACCAACUGGUCACAAGAUUCACUUGAUAAAGUGCCAAAAGGAAACGGCAAAGGACCUAAACACAAAGUAGGAAUAGCAAGUAACAUGAAAGCCCUGUUUAAAAAGAACCUACCUGGGAAGAAAAGCAAGAAGAAAAAGAAUUCUGAAUGCAGCGAUGACGGCUCAAGCAGUGGACAGAGCAGUUUGUCGGGUAAUUCUGUGGAAAAGCAUAGAGAUAAAAAGUUCGAAAAUGUGGAUGAUCUGCAACAGACAAACUUUAUUGUUGCUGCAAAAUUGAGCACCAAGCGACACCACUUUCAACAGGAAAUGGUUGAAAAUUACAUGAAGCACGCUGAAGAAAGAUUUCUAAAGGACAAGGACUUCAAGCAUAAACAUGCGCUAGAGCAGAAGAGACUACAAGACAUGCGAGGGAAACCGACAAAAUGCAUCACACCUAAAUGUGACAAGUACGGGACUGAGGAUACCAAUUACCUGUGCUCUUCAUGCUAUGCAAGGCAUAAAAAAGCAUCAGUCUACGCACACCCAGCGAGGUCGAACUCUUAUAAUCCACCAAAAGCACCUACUCCUUCUGGAGCUGAUGUUGGCCUUCAUGUUCCACAUCAGCAACAUUUAGAAAAGAGGCAUAGUACAUCAGAAAGUGCUUCAAACUCUCGGACUGUUAUCGAUGAGUACAUUGAUACGUUAAACGUUAAAACCCACGUAAAUCAGGGAUCUAGUGUCGUUACAGAUAUCAGUAAAGGGCCGAUACCGAUUACAAAUCCUGCGCACUCUUUAUCCACAACUAACAGUAGUCACAAACCAGAUGCAGCCACUUAUGAAAAGCGCUGUAGUGAGAACGAUUUGAACCCAGCGAUAAUGGAUCAGGUACAUUUUGGUGCAAAAGCGUCGUAUCUCACUGAUUCGCCAAAAGCCGGAAAUCUUACUCAGAACCCUGCCUACAAAGGUGUAACUACAUCCAAGAUAUCAAAGAAGAAAACUGUGCCAAAGCAAUGCAAAGCUCCAAAUUGUGCUUUUUAUGGAACGGACGAAACUGAUCAUUAUUGCUCACGGUGCUUCCAAGAAAGGAAUCGUACCCGAGCUAUGAUGUUUAGCACCAAGUAA